AUGUCCAAGCUCCCUCACCUCCCGCUCAUGAUCGACAAUGCGCCGCACGACGACCCCUCCGCGACCAUCAUAACCAACCACUCCGCCCACCUCUCCGUCCCCUACAGCACCUACACAUCCUGCACCCCUUCCGUCGCCGCCGUCGCCGCCGCCUCCUCACAACGUGCCUUCAAAACCUGGUCCCUCACCACCCCCAGCUCCCGCCGUGCCAUCCUUCAAAAGACCGCCGCCCUGGUCCUCACCCACCAGGACGAGCUAGUCAGGCUGCAGGUGGAAGAGACCAACUGCCCUGCGCAGUGGGCCAUGCAGGGCGUCAUCUGGGCGGCAGCGCACCUGGAGGAGAUGGCUGCACGCAUCACGACGGUGCUUUCGGGGGAGUUGCCGGUGGUGCAGACGCCCGGGAUGACGGCGCUAGCCUACAAAGCGCCCAUUGGUCCAGUGCUGAGCAUUCCGCCGUGGAACGCGGCGUUGUUUUUGGCCUGUCGCGCCAUCGACACGCCGCUCGCUGUGGGCUGCACGGUUAUCCUGAAGGCGAGCGAGCAGAGCCCGCGGACGCACCAUUUCCUGGCAGGAUUGUUUUGGGAGGCGGGACUACCGAAAGGGGUGUUGAAUGUGGUGCAGUGUGGGAGGGAGGACGCGGCUGCAGUGACCGAGGUGUUGGUGAGUCAUGAGGCGGUGAGAAAGGUGGAGUUUAUUGGGAGUGCGGCGGUUGGGAGGGCGAUUGGGGCGUUGGCAGGAAAGUACCUGAAACCGAUGUUGAUGGAGCUCGGGGGCAAGAGUGCAUUGGUGGUCUGUGAGGAUGCAGACUUGGAGGGUGCGGCAAGGGCUGCGGUCAUGGGCGGUUUCGUGCAUCAUGGACAGAUUUGUUUCAGCACAGAGAGGGUGAUUGUGAGGCGAGAGGUGGAGGGUAGGUUUCUGGAAGUCUUGAAGGCUGUGGCUGCCCAGUGGGACUGUCAUAGCGCGAUUGGCUCGGCAGGUCCCAGCAGGACACUGAAGUUGGUUAAGGACGCCGUGGCUAAAGGUGCUGAGGUUAUGUUUGGCGAUGUGCAGUUGCGGUCAGAGACGAUGAUGACACCGGUCAUCCUGAAAGGAGUGCCGAAAGACGCAGAGAUAUCGGACGAGGAAUCCUUCGGGCCGGUCCUCGCGUUGUACAUUGCUGAUAGCGACCAACAGGCGGUGGAGAUGGCAAACGACACGCAGUAUGGCCUGGCGGCUGGUGUCUGGAGCAAGGACGUUGUUAGAGCAUUGAGGAUUGCGCGUCAGAUUGAGGCUGGCCAGACGCAUAUCAAUCUGCCAUUUGGUACCGGACACGAUGAAGCAACCAUACCAGUGGGAGUCACAAAGGGUAGUGGCUUUGGCAAAGGUCAGAAUGGAUCCUGGGGUUUGGAGGAGUUUCUGGCCACCAGGACUGUGACGUUCACUGACGGGCAAGCACAAACGCAACCCACUGAAGCAGCCAACGGCCACGGCUCGUGA